AUGUCAAAGGAUCUUCAGAAAGGUGCCAUGUUUAUGGCAGGUCUGACUCUCUUGCAGUCUCUCCGUGUGGCUUUAACUGGAGCAAAGUUUGCACUUGAUAGAUUUAAAAUUCCUCAACAACAUGCCAGUUCGUUCAUUAACAUGGUCCAUAAUCCUAUGGAACUGGCAACGUUUACUGGAAUGGCUAUUGUAACUUCUAUAGCAUUAGGGACGGGUGAUAGCUCCAAGGACUUUUUCAGAGGCUUUGCCGCAUUUACAAAUGUGGCAUUGUGUCUUUCCUUCAUUAUACUUCUCAUUGCAUUUACAUCUGGAGGUCAAAUGGGCAAUCUCACCUUCUACUACUGGACUAUCGUCUUUGGCUCAUUUAUAUAUGGACUGAAUGUGGCAGCUGUAAUGACUGUGGCAAGUGCAGAUGCUUCCCUUUUCAAUAUGGGAAUCCCUAUCUCUGGUAUUCAAGUUUGCAUUUACUACUAUGUUUUUAAUAAGCUUGCUAAGAGGUAUAACUUUUCAAAUGUUAGUUACUGGAUUAUAUUCUGGCAGAUGUCCAUAGGAGCAUUGAUUUCAGCAGCCUCUGCUGGUCUAUGGAUUUAUCUUGCCACUCAACAAGGUAGUAGCGAAGCUGGCGCUCCUGGUAAAUAUACUGGUUUCGCUGGUUUGUCUCCAAUUUUCAUGGGAAUGGUGGGUAUGGGUGGCAUCUAUGCCUUUUAUCCAGCUAUUGCCCCUUAUAAGCUGACGGAUGUUAGCACCGGUUACACUAUCGAUCUUGUUGUUUUAUUCAUGAGUGCGGUUCCAGGUAUUUUGAUUGCCAUCUUAUGUGCUUGUAAUGGAGGCCCUCCUGGAAAAGGUGUUGGCCCAAAUCAAGAUUGGAGUAGUGCUCAAUGGUGGCAUGGUACUUGGAUUCUGGCCAUUCCACACAUUACUGCUAUGGUCUUAUGCCUUGUUACGCUUCAUUAUCCGGAUACUUGGCUAGGAAAGUACAUCAAGAGUAGUGGAACAUUUGUUGGAGUGAUUACUGUUACUCUGAAGUUUUGUGAGGAAUCGCUCAAGGCGGUUUCAUAUGCUGGAGCUGGUGCACAUGGUGGUGCUAUCUCCUCUUUUAAUGCAUUCACAUCCCAAGGUUUAAUGAUAGUCUUGGCCUUUACUGGUGAUGGUUAUUUAAAGACUUAUUCCAAGUAUGAACAUGAUAGGAGUAGGUGGCCUACUAAGGAUUUUGGCUUCUGGAAGUCCUUAGGAUACUGGAUAGGAAGUGGAGUAUCUGAGGCAUGUAAGAGUGUUAAGUCUUCCUUUACUAAGAAUGUUAGAUGCAAGGUUUUGGGUAAAUCAGAGGCUCUCCUUAUUGUCUACGCGGAUCAGGAAUUUUAA